CAAAAAUGGUGGACAGGAAUGAACAUUAAACAAUUUAUCUAAAGAAAAUGAAAUUUCCUGAUAUAUAAGAUAUCAGAGAAGCCUAUAUCAGAAAACUUUUAACCAUUUAUUUACAAAAUAACUGAAUUCAGCAUUUUAUCUACUUAAAUUACGGCGUGAAUCAUGGCAGAAGUACAUAUCAUAGGACAGAUUCUUGGUGCUGAUGGAUUUCCAGAUCAUAGUUUGUUUUGUAAAUGGGGUAUACAUACAGGAGGAGCAUGGAAAGCUUUGUCUGGUCUAAGAGAAGGACAAACACAAGUAGAUAACCCACAAAAUUAUGAUGAGGCUUACUGGGCUCAUCCAAUAGAUGUUCACUUUACAACCAAAGGUUUACAAGGUUGGCCAAAAAUUCAUUUUCAAGUUUGGCAUCAGGAUUCUUUUGGACGGAAUGAACUAUAUGGAUAUGGAUUUUGCCAUGUGCCUACAUCACCUGGUACCCAUAAAAUUUCAUGUCCAACAUGGAGACCAGCAGGAACAUUUAGAGAACAAGUUUCUCAAUAUUUUGUUGGUGGAGGACCACAGCUGAAGAAUCCUGAUCUGAUUUACAGUGGAGCUGAUAGAUACAGACUAAAUACAGUUGCCAUGGGCAAUGUUCACAUGAAUAUAGGUGUUGUUCUUAGAAACUUUGACAAAUAUGGAAUUGAAUGUUGAUUUAAAAAAAAAAUGUAAUUUAUACAUUAUUUUUUAAAUGAUACCAGAGGCAUGACGCAAUUUUUUUUAUUUCAGAAACAAUCAACAGCUCUUUCUGAAUUCUUUUCAUAGGUUCAUUUUGAUAAUUUGAACUUAUUUGAUACAAAUUGUUUUUUAAGUCAAUACCAAAUAAAAUUGUCGUUCUCCAUGGCUAGUGAUUGAUUUGGCAUAUUAGCAAAAUAUCAUCUAAAUUUCAGACAAUAAAUAAUUUGUGUCCAUAAAUUAAAUGAAAUAUCAUUAGUAUGCCUCUAUUAAUCACGCAGUUGUAUUAUGGUCAUUUGGUAAGAAAAUUUUGAUUGACCGAAGUUUCAAAAACAAACUAUGGUUAACAUUGAAAGGAAUGGAGGGUCAAUGUUCUUAAUUUAUUUUCAUUAUGUAUUAUGUAAUUAUGCUAAUAGUGAUUUAUUAUCUAAUAAAUUUAUACUUUGAUUUCUCAUCAGUCAGGAUUUUCCAUUUUGAAUUUAUCAAACAUUAUAUAGGCAUUAUAUAUAUUUUAAUAUAACUUUAGUAAGAUUUAUGGCGUUUAAUUAUGUCAGUUCAUGAAAAUCAAAUGGUUGUAUUUUGUUGCGUUCACAAGUUAGUCUCCAGUCUCCUAGCUUUAUAAAUACAAUGCAGAUAUUAGCAAAUGGUUCAGGAAUAUGGUUUUUGGAGAAAAUGUUUUGUGAGCUAAAUCUAUUUGGAAAAAGAUGAAAUUUGCAUUAGGCUUAACAUGGAAUUGCAAAGAAAUAUAUCUUUUGAUUUUUGAUUUUUUCCAUUCAAAAUUUAUGUUUAGAACAUGACACACAUUGUGUCAAUUCAAAAGUUAUGUUUAGAACUUGACACACAUAGUGUCCAUGUUUCAACUCUGAUAUAUCAAAACUUCAUAUUCACCAAAAGAAUUGUAUUUGUACUAAAUAACAUAGGGAUGGAAAACCUAUUGUAAUUUUUUGGUGUUAUGAAUAAUCUCAUUUGAAACAUAUAUUGAUUCAACAAAUGAUACAUUUAUUCUUUUCAUAUAUACAAAUAUUUCAAAUGACAGUUUGAAAAUAUGUAAGUAGCAAAUUAGCAAUAUGUAAAGUUUGUAAAU